CUGCGGGGGUUUAACGGCUCCAGCGGCGUCUCGGAGCGAGGUCGGUCGUUUGUGUGUGGUUGGUGCGCCCGGCCCCGCGUGGAGCAGGUCGGGGGCCUCGACGCCUGCCAGCUUGGAGCGAACGCCAUGAGGAGAAGUGCGGUGUUGGCAGAGGAGUCCAUAGUAUGUCUCCAAAAAGCCCUGACCCACCUUCGGGAAAUAUGGGAAUUAAUUGGGAUUCCAGAGGACCAGCGGUUACAGAGAACUGAAGUUGUAAAGAAGCAUAUCAAGGACCUCCUGGAUAUGAUGAUUGCUGAAGAGGAGAGCCUGAAGGAAAGACUCAUCAAAAGCAUAUCCCUCUGUCAAACGGAGUUGAAUACCCUCUGCAGUGAGUUACAUGUCGAGCCAUUUCAGCAGGAAGAAGGAGAGACGACCAUCUUGCAACUAGAAAAGGAUUUGCGCACUCAGGUGGAACUGAUGCGAAAACAGAAAAGGGAGAGAAAACAGGAACUGAAAUUACUUCAAGAACAAGAUCAGGAACUGUGUGAAAUUCUUUGCAUGCCCCACUAUGACAUUGACAGUGCCUCAGUUCCUAGCUUGGAUGCGCUGAGCCAGUUCAGACAGCACGUGGCAACUUUGAGGGAAACAAAGGCAUCUAGGCACGAGGAGUUUGUCAACAUAAAGAGGCAGAUCAUACUGUGUAUGGAAGAAUUAGAUCACGUCCCACAUACCAGCUUUGAAAGAGAUGUGAUGUGUGAAGAUGAAGAUGCCUUUUGUUUAUCUUUGGAGAAUAUUGCAACACUACAAAAGUUGCUACGACAGCUGGAAAUGCGAAAAUCACAAAAUGAAGCUGUGUGUGAGGGUCUGCGGGCUCAGAUCCGAGAGCUCUGGGACCGGUUGCAGGUACCUGUAGAAGAGAGAGAAGCUGUGGCCACGGUUAUGACAGGAUCAAAGGCCAAGGUCAGGAAAGCGCUACAAUUAGAAGUGGAUCGGUUGGAAGAACUGAAGAUGCAAAACAUGAAGAAAGUGAUUGAGGCAAUUCGAGUGGAGCUGGCUCAGUACUGGGACCAGUGUUUUUACAGCCAGGAACAGAGACAGGCAUUUGCCCCCUUCUAUGCUGAGGACUACACAGAAAAUCUGCUCCAGCUCCAUGAUGCUGAGAUUGUGCGGUUAAGGAACCACUAUGAGGUUCACAAGGAACUCUUUGAAGGUGUCCAGAAGUGGGAAGACAGCUGGAGGCUUUUCUUAGAGUUUGAGAAGAAAGCUUCUGAUCCAAGUCGAUUUACAAACCGUGGAGGAAAUCUUCUAAAAGAAGAAAAGCAACGAGCAAAGCUCCAAAAAACACUCCCCAAGCUGGAAGAGGAGUUGAAGGCACGCAUUGAAAUGUUUGAACAGGAGCAUUCAAAGGCGUUUGUGGUGAAUGGGCAGAAAUUCAUGGAGUAUGUGGCUGAACAAUGGGAGACGCACAGGUUGGAGAAAGAGCGAGCUAAACAGGAACGACAACUGAAGAACAAGAAGCAGACAGAGACGGAGAUGCUCUACGGCAGUGCUCCCCGAACACCCAGCAAGCGGCGAGGACUGGGGCCCAGCACACCUGGCAAAGUGCGCAAGCUGAACACUACCACCAUGUCCAGUGCUACAGCCAACAGCAGCAUUCGGCCUCUCUUUGGGGGGACAGUGUACCACUCUCCCGCGUCUCGACUUCCACCUUCUGGCAGCAAGCCAGUCAUCACUUCCACCUGUUCAGGGCAGAAAACACCCCGGGCUGUCAGGCAUGGCACCAACAAGGAGAACCUGGAGCUCAAUGGCAGCUUCCUGAGUGGUGGGUACCCCGACUCAGCCCCCACCCAGCGCAACUUCAGCGUUAAUUCUGUUGCCAGCACCUAUUCUGAGUUUGCGAAGGAUCCGUCCCUCUCUGACAGCUCCACUGUUGGGCUUCAGCGAGAACUUUCAAAGGCUUCCAAAUCUGAUGCUACAUCUCGAAUCCUCAAUUCUACCAACAUCCAGUCCUGAGAAGCCCUGAUCAGCUCUGGCUUCCUGUGCCCCUGUGCCUAGACUGGACCGAAUUAUACAGGGGUGGCUUUAAUUUUUUUUCAGUUGAGGUGUGCUUGAAGCUCUGGACAGGUUCCAUUACCAUGCCUAGCUUGCAGAAGUGAAUGAGCGUUACGGAUGAAAGUACGUCAUAGGUUUAGGCCUCCAUAGAGGCUUAGUUUUAUUUUGACUCAAAUACAUUAAAACUUUAAGUGCAAAUUUUAGCAUAUGGAACCUAAUUUUUUUCUCUACCCCAGAAUUCACUUGCUAAAAGCACGAUCAAGAGCUUGUAUUUCACCACUGUGUAGGAAAGCGAUUGUGUCCGUCCUUGGGGUCGGGAAAUGAGGUUAUUUUGUCUUGUACACUUAUAAUGAGCAAUUAACAUCUUUUUUGUUUAGGGAUGUCAGUUAAUGUUCUAGCUGAUACCUUGCUCUCACCUAAAGGCCUGUCCCCUCCACACAGGACAGGCUUCCUCCUGAUAAGGAUGUCUGUGUGUCAGAAGUUG